UUCGAACGAAGCGGUUGGUGUCGUUCCGGGCGUUUCAAAAACCGAAUCCCUCAGUUAAAAAGAUACAAGUCGCAGAGUUUUUCUACUCGACUUGUAGGCGUGCUACGUCCAAAAGGACUGUGAAAAAUAUCUACGUGCUAUAGUGUUGAUGGCAUAUGGCAUAUAAUUUAUGCGAACCAAUUUGGUGCGGCUUUUGAUGAGCGACUCUGAGUGCUCUUGACUUUGUUUAGCGCCAAUGCAAUUGCAAAUGCAACGCGACUGCCGCUGUCUCUGACAUUUGAUCUUUGCAAAGAUCACAUCGCACUGAAUCACCUCGCACUGCCCCUCGCAUCGGAUGUGUGAAGAGUCCGCCGCGACCAUAUGGAAUAUAUUUUAGCACACCACCUACGGCGACAAUUAGUUUGUACAGUUUAAGAUACUCCAUUCCGUUCCGUGAAACGACGCGGGCGAAGUUUUAAGCUCCCCAACGGUUAUAAAACCCCCCACCCGAUUCCCCGGAUCCAGAGAGAGAACAAUCGGCGAAAUGUUGGCACAAACGCAAAUUAUCCCAACGCAUUUGCGACUUUUGACCCUGGCUUUGUUCUGCUCAGCUUUAUUUUUGGCCAGUGAGGCUCAAAAUUCCAUCCAAGCAACGAAUCCUGGCUCCCUGCUGAUGCAAAAGACAUCGUUCUCCUGCGCCGGACGUCCUGCCGGAUAUUAUGCGGAUGUGGAGACGGGCUGCCAGGUGUACCACAUGUGCGAUGGCCUGGGUCGCCAGUUCAGCUACACCUGCCCAAAUACCACCCUCUUCCAGCAGCGGAUGCUCAUCUGCGACCAUUGGUACAUGGUCAACUGCUCCAAGGCGGAGAGCAACUACGCCGCCAAUCUGCUAAUUGGUCAGCGGGACAAACCCUUUGUUAAUGACGAAGAGAACAGCUUGAGGACACCCAGACCCGAUCUCCUGGAUCGUCCCUAUGCACCUGACUAUUCCGGGGAGUCCUUCAGAAGCCAAUAUAAGCAGCUGACUUCCAAUCAGAAUCAGAUACGCGACGAAUCCUUGAAAGCCGGCGUUUCGGGUAAAUUGGAUAACCAGAUAUCGCAGACCCGCUGGCGCAUUCCACCGCCCAGCAGGACGAUCCUUCCACCAGCCUACGAACCACAAAUCGAACUGCCCAGCUCGACGGUCAAGCCCAGGAUAACCACUACCAGUACAACCACAAGAGCAACUACAACCACCCGACCAACUACCAGCACCACCAGGGGCAUUACAACCACCACCACCACAACGACCACCACUCGAAGGCCUCCACUGACCACCAGGCGCACAGAAGCCUUGCACAAUCGUCGCCCUAUUUUCCAGGCCUUGGAGCAGGAGACAGAUGACCUGGGCACCAGCCACAGCACUCGGUACAACACCUCCGCGGACUUCAACUCGGCGGAGUCGCAACUCCGGGGCACCAAGCAAUCGGGCCAAUCCUUCCAGUCCACCAAGCUGACCAAGUUCAUCAAGCCGCCCUCGAAGAUCUAUGAGCCGCCCUUCGUGUAUCCCAUCUACAAUCUGGAGGAACCACAGCCACCGAGUGCUGGGAUCUCCUCCACACUUCGCACAUCCACGGCGGCUCCUUUUAGUCCGGUGCCCAGCAGCACCACCACAACCCCCAGGCCACUGAGUCGACCCACCACCGUGGCCGGAGUGCCCUUCUCCUUUGCCACUCUGCCCACUACGGUCAGCACGGUGGGAUUGCCGCCACGUAGCGAUAAUCGGACUCCCGCUCCUGCCCAGAGUUUCCGCCUGGCCACGCCCACCAGCACUGCAGCACCACCAGUGGUGCCGCCAGCACAAAUGCCGUUUAACGACUUGCUGCCUCCGUUCGUGGACUUUGUGCCCCACGACAUAGCCACCACCCAGGGACCACCGAUCUACUACGAAUGGAAGGUGCCCUCGAAUGGCCUGGAGCCGCCCAAAUUGGACCCACCAAUUGGCGUGGAUGGACGCGAGUAUCCCGAGACCACCGGUGACUACGGGGUCACCAGCAAGCAGGAUGUAUUCAACCCACGGCUAAACGACAUCGGAAGCCACCAGAAGAAGCCAGUGCAGAUUUCCCCGCCAGUAGUUCAGCAGUCGAGCACCAGUCAUCGGCUGGCCAUCUCGAGAUCCAUCAAGGCCAAGGAGGAGGAGAAACUGAAGCCGGAACAGGCUCAGCGACGCUCCGAUGUGCUGGCCAGCUCCACGGAUAUUAGCCAUCUGCGGAAGCAACUGCUCAUCCCGGAGUACGCCUUUCCCCUGGAGACCAUCGGGCGAACGGGCUACGGUCCCGGAGGAGCAGCAGUGGCUGGAGCUAGUUCCAUCAGCGGGGAUCUGUACAACUCAUUCCAGCUGAAGAUCCCCGAGCAGCGGUCCAAGUGGUUCGGCGAGAACCCCAAGUGCCCGGAGUGCCAUCCCUCGUUCGUCCUGCCGGGCACCUGCGAUCCCUGCCUGCGCAGAUAGUCCCCCUUCCUCUUCC